AUGAUGUCGAUUAAAAACAAACUGAAAUCAACCUGUGAACAUUUUUUGGCGGACAUACACUCAUUUCGCAUGCCCAUAAAGAACGAAACAACGCUUACCAAAAUACUCUUGGCCACGCAUAUCACCUUUACCAAGCUAAUGAACCAAAUUGACAUUUACAACCGGCAUAUACACGUCAAGACCAUCAAAUUACAGAAAAAACAGGAAGAUGAGCAGUUUGUAUUGUAUGAGUACAACAAUCGCGAUGUUACAUUCACGGUUCUUGUGCACAAUGAGCACGGAAUCGUGCAGAUUGAGACUGGACUGAUUGAGCUGAAUUAUAAGGCCAUGAACUACGUCAACAAACUAGAAAUAAAGGAUCAGCUGGAACAGAUAGAACUUUUUCUGUCUUUGUACGCUGAUUUUAAAUGGCGCUGCUGUGAUUUUUGUCUUGAAUACACUAUCUUUCCCGAUUUCAGCUUUCCCAUUGGUAGGGCGCUUGAGAAAGAUUUUGUGGCUGCUUUCCAUCUAGAAUGCAAUGAAAAGAAUGAUGAAAAACACAAAGUGAUCUAAUGACAGUGAAAAUAUCUUUCCGUGCUCGUUGGAACGGUUUGAUCCUCAGCCAGGGAUAAGUAGCCUGGGCGUAUUGCCAUGUGGCAAAUAAAAUACAAUGAGGUAAAAAUUGCGGUUUGUAAAAUUAACAGUUGUUGCAUUUUUUAACCAAAUCGCACGCGGCUUCAAAAAAGUAAUAGCGCACCGAUCAGAUGAUCCUUCUAGCAUUUUACGCUUUGGUACACGUUUACACAAUCAAUUAUCAGAGAAACGAGCUUAUUUAUUAAUCUUGUGCAUAUCAUCUUACAACAGCCAGACACGUUCAUUGGAUCGGUCUUUCUCUCCACCAUGCAGCGUUAUUAAGAAUUGUAGCAAAUUUGUAUCGCUUGUCCAUCCAGUACCUGAUACAUAUUCAAUUUAAUGUUGUCUCGCAUUAUAAAAUUGUCUUUUUUCAACCCGAUUUUGUGUUAAUUCACGUUUAUCAUUUCUUCCAACCUCUUUUUUAGGUCCUUCACCGUUACCUCGUCAUCGAUUUUCACGAAUACUGUUUUCCCUAGACCAUCAGUA